AUGAGCUGGCGUAAGGCCAGCGCCGCUGCUGCCAAUGAUAUAGCCCGGCACCGCAUGCAGCACCAAGGCGCUAUACAGGUGGCAGCGGUUGCUUGCUCUCUCUUACCACGUGUGCGUGCGCUGCUUAACAUUGUUCACUUUCCCUCCCAUCACCCAGGCUACCGCAUGCAGCACCAAGGCGCCAUACGCAUGUCGGAGGUGAAGCGGCACAAGAGGGAGGACGAUGCAUGGACCGUGGUGCGAGGCAGAGUCUACAACAUCACACCCUACCUCGACUUCCACCCGGGAGGGAAGGCUAUUCUAAUGAAGGGCGCAGGCAAGGACUGCACAGCCCUCUUCAACAAGUACCAUGCAUGGGUGAAUGCGGAGUUCCUAUUGGACCAGUGCUUCCUGGGCAUGCUCAUUCCAGAUGACUGA